AUGGCGGUCGAUUGUUCCUUGCUCAGGUCUUUCCUAGUCCUCCUCCUCCUCCUCCAUCACCAUCUUGCGUUCGUCGUCUACGCCACAGCGGAAGAUCAGCCGCCGCUUCCUCUUCUGCCGGAUGGUGAGCGGGAGGCGGCGUACCUUGCCCUCGAGUCCAUCAACCCUUCCAUUCCUUGGCGCUCGCUGUACCCCGAUGACCUAUGCCUCUCCGGUCCCCACGGUAUCGUCUGCGACCUCUUUCCCUCCUCGUCCUCUUCUUCCGCCAAAGCCGACGCCUCCCCUCACAUCGUCGAACUCAACUUCGGCUACCUCUCCGACUUCUCUUCCAACCCAGCCUGCGGAGUAAACGCUACCAUCCCCACUUCCCUCUCCUCCUUCCCAUUCCUCCGCAGGCUCUUCUUCUACAACUGCUUUACCACCGCUAGAGCCUCCAUUACCCGGGACUUCUGGAACCUCUCCCUUGCCGUCGAAGAGCUAGUAUUCCACCAUAACCCAUCCCUAGCCGGCCGCCUCAGCGGCCGGGUCGGCGGCUUCAUUCGCCUACGGCGCCUCAUCGUGUCCGGCACGCGUAUCUUCGGGAUCAUCCCUUCCGAGGUCGGGAACCUACAACAACUGGAGCAGCUCGUCCUGUCGCGGAACCGUCUCCGCGGUGAGAUUCCCGGGUCCAUCGGCCGACUGGGCCUUCUGAAGGUGCUCGACCUGUGGGGGAACCACAUCGGAGGGGUACUACCGGCGGAGAUCGGACGGAUGACGACGCUUGUUAAGCUGGACCUCGGCUCUAACCGGAUCAGCGGCGGGGUGCCGCCCGAGCUGGGGCAACUGCGGCGGGUGGAGCUCCUGGAUCUGAGCGACAACCGGCUCACGGGCGGCGUCCCGGCGGCGCUGGCGGAGAUGGCAAAUCUGCGGGAGUUGCACCUAAGCAGGAACCCCCUCGGUGGCACGAUCCCGGAAAUAUGGGAGAAGCUGGGCGGCAUUUUGGGGAUCGGAAUGUCGCGGCUGGGCCUGGUGGGGAACAUCCCGUCGUCGAUGGGGCUACUCCUGGGAAACGUGCGAUACCUCGCGAUGGACAACAACAAACUGGAGGGGGAGGUGCCGGAGCAGUUCCGGAGGAUGGAGGGGUCAGCGGUGGAGAUCAACCUUGAGAACAACGGUCUCCGCGGCCGGCUCCCGUUCUCCGCCGCCUUCGUGGGCCGCCUCGGCAGCAAGCUUAAGCUGGGCGGGAACCGGGAGCUGUGCCUGGGGGAGGAUCUCGCAAGCGGCAAUGUGGGGCUGCGGCGCUGCAACAAGACGGCGGUUCCACACCCUGUGCUCUUCACCUCCGGCGUCUCCUCUUCCUACAAAUCUUUUCUCUUUCUUACCGUGAAUUUCUUUUUCUUUUCGUGUUAA